UAUAGAUAGGAACUGUCGAAGAGAGAAUAUCAAUUGAAGAAGAAGAUGUCUCACAUCGCUGUUGAGAGGAAUCGAAGAAGGCAAAUGAACGAGCAUCUUAGAUCCCUUCGUUCUCUGACUCCUUGUUUCUAUAUCAAAAGGGGAGAUCAAGCUUCGAUAAUUGGAGGAGUGAUAGAGUUCAUCAAAGAGCUGCAGCAAUUGGUGCAAGUUCUCGAGUCCAAGAAACGUCGAAAGACACUAAACCGACCUUCUUUUCCUUAUGAUCACCAAACACUCGAGCCAUCCAUAUUAGCUGCCACAGCCACCACCAACGCAACCACCAGAGUGCCGUUUAGUCGAAUCGAAAAUUUAAUGAGCACAAGCACUUUCAAAGAAGUAGGAGCAUGUUGCAACUCCCCUCAUGCUAACGUCGAAGCGAAGAUCUCAGGCUCUAACGUUGUAUUGAGAGUUGUCUCUAGGCGAAUUUCGGGACAGCUCGUGAGGAUCAUAUCCGUCUUGGAGAAACUAUCUUUUCAGGUUCUUCAUCUCAACAUUAGCAGCAUGGAGGAGACCGUCUUAUACUUCUUCGUUGUUAAGAUAGGACUUGAGUGUCACUUAAGCUUGGAGGAACUAACCCUCGAAGUUCAGAAAAGCUUUGUGCCUGAAGUCAUCGUCUCGACCAACUAAACCAAAAGUAUACAUGUGCUAGCUUGUACCGUUACAUGAGUAUACUUGUUACUUUGCUCGAAAAUAAGCUCCUAAUGUGGAAAAUUUAAAUCAUCUUAGCAAAAAUAAGCUCCUAUAAAACUUAAUUAUUGUUUAACUUGGUAUCGAUUAUCUUA